AUGUAUUAUAAUAUUAUAUUUUUAAAUAUUCUUAUUUUGUAUUUUACAACAUACGGAAGAUGUGCACCAACACCACCUUCCGCAACAGAAUGUAAAUCUUGCCAUGGAGGAUGUUACUCAGAUGGAAAAAAAAUUCAUAAUCAAUCAGAAAGAACAUUAAAAGAAAAUACUACUGAUUUUAAAAAGAAUAAUAGAACAAUUAGUCGCAAUAAAAGAGAAUCAACAAUUGAAAGAAGAGCAUGUGUUAGUUUAUUUCAUGUUGAAUUAUUUGUAAUUCCUUUAUCAAUAGCAAUGAUUCCUAUUGCUUUAUGUAGUUUAUUAUUUUGUGCCUGUUAUUGUGGACCAAAAGAAACUAGAGGUAAAAUGCCAGAAAAAAUGUGGGGAAUCAAAUUAUCAAAUGUUAAAAAAGAUUUAAACAAAAGAUCUUCAAUUUCAGAUUCUAUUGCAGAUUCAAUUUAUGAGUAUCAAGAAAAUUAUUGUCGUAGAGUUGAUAGUAAAAAAACUCGUUUUAAUACAAGUGUUGUAGUAAUAGAAACAAGAAGGAUAAGUGAAGCCGAAAUUUCACUACCACCCUUGUCUCCAAAACACAUAACAUCAGACGAUGAUAGUUUUGUCGGAAAAGUGUUUAAUAAAGAUUAUGAAAAGACUACUACUGAUAAUUGUAUGAAUAUAAAGAAAAGUGUAAAAAAAAUCACAAGAUUUUCAAACAAUAUUGAAAUAUUAGGAUGUAAUGAAGGUGACAAAAAUGAGAGCACUAAAGUUGAAAAUUGCAAUGUUUAA